CAGCUGAUCGGAAGUCGGAGGUAAGCUGUCCAGGGUGAAGGUGUUAGCGGGGGAGUGAUGGUGGACACCGUAGCGGACACACGGAGGCUUUACGCCAAACCACAAAACCUGAGCGAUGCUUACGGACCUCCGAGUAACUUCCUAGAGAUCGAUGUGGGCAGUCCCGAGACGGUGGGAGUCGGACGGGGCAGAUUCACUACAUACGAGAUCAGAUUGAAGACUAACCUUCCCAUCUUCAAGCUGAAGGAGUCGUGUGUCAGGAGGAGAUACAGUGACUUUGAGUGGCUUCGAUCAGAGCUGGAACGAGAGAGCAAGGUGGUUGUUCCUCCUCUGCCAGGGAAAGCCCUGUUCAGGCAGCUCCCAUUUCGUGGAGAUGACGGCAUCUUCGACGACUCCUUCAUUGAGGAGCGGCGGCAAGGCCUGGAGCAAUUCCUCAACAAAGUGGCCGGUCAUCCGUUGGCCCAGAACGAGCGCUGCCUGCACAUGUUCCUUCAGGACGAAUCUGUGGAUAAAAACUACACCCCCUCCAAAAUCCGACACGCCUGAGCCGAGCCACACCUGCAGUCACGUGCACACUUCUCGUCCGACCCGAACUCUUCUUCCCUUGGGAUUCAACAGCACACCAAACAGACAGAAACAAACUUCUGAACCGUUCACACUGCAGAUGGUCCUGAACUCCCGAAAAAAAAAAAAAAAAGUUCAAACAUCUCACUGUAGAAUGAAUCGGCAGCGCUCCGUCACUACAGAUCACUUCGCUGUCUCUCUGCUCUAAAACCAAGAGGCGUCUCGUCUGUUAGGCUUGCGGACAUCACGCUAGCUUAGAAGAACCGCUAACUUUUUUUUUUUUUUUUUUUUAGAGGCUCAGGAUAUUAUUGCAAGAAAAUAAAACACACAAACCAAAAAUAUUUCAGUAUAAAAAUUUAUAUAUAUAUGCAAAUUAUUUCCCAUCGCUGGAAUAAAUUCUAGUUUUCUUUAACUCUCGAAUCACUUCCUUUUUUCUUUUUCUUUCCUGUCUAACACUUGCACUACUCUUGAGAACACAAGCUACGACUAUUCUUUCUCUCCCGGAGCAGAAGCACGUCGGCCACGCCUCUUUUUUCCACGUGUGUGAACUGUAAGAACCGUGCGGCCGAGCCUCGACGAAACACUUCGCUUUUGGUUUUUAUCUCUAAUUGAAGUCCAUGUAAACACAAAGCCGCUGUCGGUGCAUGCUCCCUGAUUUAUAUAUCGCUGUGCCAUUAUUUGUUUCUGAAAAAUUUUCCAAUAAAACUGUUGACACACACAAACACA